CCCCACUUGGCUCGCUCGGCCUGGCUCAACCCCCUGGAAAAGUUUUGUGGGCUGCAGAGUUGAAGUUGACCUGUUUGCCAUCCAGAGCUUCCAUCGUCCUACUCAUAGUCAACUGGCCCCUACUUAAAGUCCAGCUUCGACAGCUCAUCUCAAGAACCAGCUUACCAGGCACCAUCAGUCUCCCUCGCUUCCCAUGCCUAGUCAAGACCGAACUCAGACCCUCGUCCUCGAUACCGCACCUCUGCUGACUUCAAGCUUAUCCUCCCUGCUACUCUUCUCGAAUCGAUUUGUAACCACUCAAGAUGUGAUCGAGGAAGUUCGUGGGAAGGGGCAGAGAGAAAGACUGGAACAAGAGUGGAAGAUACUGGAUGCGACUCUCAAUAACUCUGCUGCCCAAACAGGCGACGAAUGGACCGGUCUCCAAAUCAGGGAGCCAUCUACAGCGGGGAUUUCUAAGAUCAAGGAAUUCGCGACCAAGACAGGUGACAUUGCGGUCCUCUCCUCGGCGGAUAUCCGAGUGCUAGCAUUGGCGUACGAUGUCGAGGUCGAAGCAAAUGGGACUUGGAGAUUGAGAGAUACACUGGGUGCGAAACGAAUGGGAAAAGAUCCCGAAAAGAAGAAGGCACGACAGCUUCGUAAACUGCAGCAGCAGCAGCAACAACAACAAGAUCAAUCGAGCGGAGAAAAACCAGCAGAGGAAUCUAACUCGCCGACCGAUCACCCUGUCUUGUGCAACGGAGACCCUCCGAAACCGACAUCUGCCGAAGUUGACUCAACAUCCAGUCAAGCUGGUGCAGAAGAUGUCGAGCAGCUAGUCGAGCACAUCGAUCAGCUCACUUUGGAAACUGCCGUCAAUCACCCUGAAUCAUCUGUGUCCGGUGCUGAGGAAGAGUCCGACGAGCGACGAGAAGCACCCAACCACCCAGUAACGUCGCACUCUGAAAUCACCCGUGCGGAUUCUGUUGAGACGGCCAGCGACAUAGACUGGGUCAAGGUGCCCAUCAAAAUCGGCGCCAAAGCAUCCGAAGAAGAGUCAGACAUCUCAUCCUUCGUCUCAGCCUCUGAUCCCAGUUGGAUCACGCCGGAAAAUGUGCACAUCCAUCAAGCCAAAGACAUGGGGUUUUUCCCAUCCUUGGGGAACAAGCCUGUCGCUCCGAAACUCGAGACUAUCCAACAACACUCUGCCAGUUUGGCUGACCAGGAACAUCAACACAAUAAUGACCAGCACUCAGACAUCAACACGCCGAUCACCAAUAGCACCGUUGGCGAGGGCUCAUCAAAACCUCCCACUAUGAAGGCGGCUGUCUUGACGGGCGACUAUGCGAUGCAGAACGUGGCUUUGCAAAUUGGUCUCAAUGUCCUUGGGGUGGGCGGAAAACGAAUUAGAGACGUCAAGACCUGGGUUCUUCGUUGCUACGGCUGCUUCAAACUAUGUAAAGACCCUACCCGGAAAUUCUGUCCAACAUGUGGAGGUGCAACGCUCACCCGAGUCUCGAUCACUUACACACCUUCGUCGCCGACUGGAUACAUCUUACAUUUAAAUCCGAACUUUCAGUAUCGAAACCGGGGAACUGUAUACUCGAUUCCAUCCGCCAAACCAGGCAGCUCGUCGUUUGAGAAGGGCGGAGCCAAGCAGAAGAAGUCGAUCAACGGAGCCCAUCUGGUCCUCAGAGAAGACCAAAAGGAGUUCCAACGGGGCCUGAAAUCGGUGAAGAUCCAGAAGGAGAAGGAGGAGCGGAAGCUGAAGAACAUCGAGGGUUCCCAUUCUCAUGCGCUCACCUCGCUCAGCGGCUGGAAUGAUCCGGAUUGGGAGCCUGCCAUGUUGUUGGGCGAGAAGGGCAGGAAAUCGUCCGGGCGUGGCAACCAUCACAACCAUAGCGUUCGCUAUGGUAAGGACGGCUUGCCGCUCAUCGGCUUCGGCAAAAACCCUAACGAAGUCCGUCGUUGUAGUAAGAGAUGAUGUGCUUGUCGAUGUCCCUUCAAUCCGUGUCAACUCUGUUGUUCUCCCCUCUCUGUCGAUGAUUUCUUACUGAGUCAUAACAAGCUACCUUCCUGAGCCAUACCAAGCUACCUUCCUGAGCCACAAAUGAUAGUACCAUAAGGCAACCACCCAACCAAGAGCCCAAACUGUUUGCUCAUCACCAUGGAAAAAAACUUCACCAAAUUGGUGGCAGUUGACAUGCAGGUUGCUCCCAACAAAACUUCUGC